CAUCAGUGCAUUUGUCUAUUUCAUUGACGAGCCGGGGAUUUCUCUUCGCCUGUGUGAGUAUAUAACUGUUAAUAUCUCGCGAACCCAUGCUCGAAAUUCAACCGAAUUUUAACUGUUCACAGGAAUUAUGACGGGGAAAACGACUAUUGCGUCAGAUUUUUGUUUCAACCCCGGGGGUCGGCUGUAGAAGGGACCACACCCACUGUACAAUACGAGCACAGCUGACCCAUUUCCUCUAUACAAGUAUACUAGUAGUUCAUAGUUUGGAGGCAGUUACUCCGAAGACAGUCAAGUUCAAAUUCUAUGGCGAUCAAGUUCGGCGAGAGGGAUUUUAAUACACGUGCGUUCUAAAGUGAUAUAUGUAUGUGUUUAUAUUGUUCAUUCUCGUGCAGCAGACUUCUUGAUAAUGGAUACAUAUACUGGAUAUUGUGUUGUGGUGGUUCGUUUGUGUGUGAUAUAAUUUUUUUUAAUAAAUAAUAAAAACUUUGAGCGGCGCGUGUGUGGUGUCAGUGUCGGGCGGAGGACGGACAAACAGACGGACGGAAUGAGUGUGCCGGUGUGUCGGAGGGGUAGAAGCUCGGGCACAUUCUGUCACUCGUCCCAACUGGCGACAUGAGCGAGCCGCCGCUGGGAGGUCACGAAUGUGGAACUACACUCCGCCACUCCCCUAUGCCGAUUUCUGAUUAUAAUGUGUUCAAAUGUUCCCACUAUUCGAAAGCGCCGCGUGCCAGUCACCCUACUGCUAGUGAUAACCUGUCUGCUACCCGUGACGUCAUCGCUACCUCUCUCCCAGUUCUUCCCGUUCAAUACCACGUACGGAGACCAGUCUACCAAAGCGACGGACGACGGGGGGUCGGGCAAAAUCCAACUCAAUAUCAGCUUCCCGUUCUUCAACAAGAGUCAUAAUAAAUUAUUUGUAAACAACAAUGGAGUGAUAUCAUUUUUGAAGGAACUUAAAACCUACAAACCAGAAGACUUUCCUCUACAAAACGAAACACCAAUCGUUGCGCCGUUUUGGGCUGACGUUGACGUGACGAUUGGCGGGACCGUGUACUACAGGGAGAGCGAGGACCCAGUCAUCCUGGCGAAGGCAACCAACGAAAUCACUCAAUAUUUCCAUUCCCUUCGACGUUUUAAGGCCGCCUGGGUGUUCAUUGCCACAUGGGAUAACGUGGGCUUUUACGGGGCAACAGACAAAACGGGGAAAAGCAAGAGAAAUACAUUCCAAGCCGUGCUCAUAACAGACAGUGUGCGGUCGUUUGUCAUCUUCAACUACAACAAGAUCGAAUGGACGACCGGAUCGAACAGCGGCGGUUCCACUAACACCGGUCUAGGAGGAAACCCAGCCCAGGCCGGUUUUAAUGCCGGGGACAAGAAAACCUAUCGGGAAAUCCCCGGAGCCCGGAACCAUUCUGUCGUGAACCUCACUCUGACAACGAACGUGGGCCAGCCUGGGAAAUGGGUUUUCCAAGUGGACUCUGAAACUAUCGUUGGACGCUGCUCAGAAAGUGGUUCUGGCGAGCUGUAUGUUACCCGGAGCAGCGGUUCAAUGCUUGGUGGUGAAGAAAUUCAAAUCUCAGGACCUUGUUUUAGUGAUUCAGACACUCCCGUUGCGAAGUUUGAUGAUUUAAACGUCACAUUCCCAUGUACUGUGGAUAGUAGGACUGGCUCAGCUGUGUGUGUGACCCCCACUGUGUUCAGAACUGGUAGUCUCAGACUCUCUAUCAGUGUUGCUAAUAGUCACUGGAAUUUCACAGGACACUUUACAACAGUGAAUGUAGCUGAAGUGAAGCCACAGGUCCAGCGCCACAACCCGGAGCAGUGGAUUGUGGGAAGUAACAAUAACCUUCAGAUAUCCUGGGACCCUUCAUUAUUAGAGUCGACUCAAGUGACUGUUGAAGUUCUAGGAUACGAGCUUGUCGAUGAAAUGCCUCACUUUGUGCCUGUUGCUACCUUAAAGGUUUCCAAUAAUGGCAAGGUGUCUUUCAUAAUGCCGAAAAUGCCUCAGUCAGUGUCGUCUGCCAUUUGUAAAGUCAGUACAAGUUCAAACAAUGGUGAAAGUCUGAGCCGAGCGCUGUGGUCGGAUGUGUUUCCCGUGAGACGGUCGGACAACUUGUUCUCCAACAACUGGUGUGUCGCGUGGAUGAAGCAGGAUCGCCUACAGACCCCUCUGAACCGCUCCGAGCCGUGUCCGUGCGUCUUCGAGCAGGCUGAGAGCGACACGAGUCGGUACCAGGCCGAUCCGCUCUGUCGCUACGGCGACACAAGCUUUCUCAACUGUAUAUAUAGAGCCCAAACCAAAAAGUGCCUAAUGUUAAAUUAUCAAAAAAAGGAUUUUAGCAGUCAGGUGUGUUGCUAUGAUAGCGACAAUGAGCUGCUGGAUGCACGUUCAUCGACGGGGGGCGGGACAGUGGACCGGUACCACUACAAGUCUCAGGGAGAGAACGUGACGGCGUUCUUCACAUACUACGAGCAGGACGUCCUGCCUCAUCUACACUGCUGCACAUACUCCACGGAGAGACAGCUGUGUGUCGAGUUCCUCAAACUCAGACAGCCAACCACCUGCGAGGGCUACUCACCACCAGCUGUAGCCCAGGCUGCCGGCGACCCUCACCUGGUGACUCUGGACGGGAAGUCGUUCACGUUCAAUGGAGAGGGAGAGUUCGUCCUCAUAGAAGACGUCAAUGGGUCCGUUAUCGUCCAGGUGCGGGCCGAGAGAGCCACAGACCCUCAAGGUCAGAGACAGAAUGCGACGGUGUUCACGGCCAUUGCGAUGCAGAUCACGAAUGUGUCGGACGUUUUCGAGAUACAGAUGGACACGGAAACCGUGGUGAAGAUCCUUGUAAAUAGUGAAGAGCUUCUAGAACCUACCUCAGAUCUCAAUGGUCUCAAAAUAACUCUCAAACAAACAGGAAACUCAACAGCUGAAGUGAAUGUUGUCAUGGAAACAGUGGGAAUGUCCUUCUUGAUUCAAGUUACACAGUAUCUCAUAAACAUCAUGCCUACUGUAGGAUCUGCCGCACUGAAAGGAAAUUUGCGGGGGUUGCUUGGUAACUAUAAUGGGGACCCAUCAGAUGAGUUCACUGCAAGGAAUGGAACAGUGAUUUCUCCAGAUUCAUCCAUGAGUGACAUUCACUUCCUGUUUGGAAUGACAUGGGCUGUUCCACCAACUGAUCGUCUGUUCACCCAGAGUGGGCGAGGAAAUGUGGAAGAUUCUGAAAACUCAACGUUUGUGCCGGACUUCCUGGACGCGUUCAACGUGACGAUGUUGCGUAACGGCACGCGUGAGGUGUGUGGCGACAACAUCCAGUGCACGUUUGACUACCAGGUGACGGGAAAUGCAGACAUUGCUGACAGCACCAAGAAGUUCACCAAACUCUACAACGAACGCAUCAACAGCAUCAAGCUAGUGAUUCGUUGUCCGUAUAUUCCGGAGAUCGAGAACGGAAACCGGACGGUGUCGGGCCGUACUGAGGGCUCAGUGGCAGAGUUUGUGUGUGACCCGGGUUUCGACUUGCUCGGAGAAAGUCAGCUCGUCUGUGUGGACAACAAUGGAGAAGGAAGGUGGAGCUCUUCACUGCCAGUCUGUGGAAAGAGAGUGUCUCCUCCGCCCCAGACCACACUGAGUAUGGAACUUAUGAUAGCAAUUGGAUCGGGAGCAGUGUUGGUGGUGUCAUUUAUCGGAAUUCUUAUUAUAGUGCUCGUCAGAAGUAGGAGGAGAAGACACGUCAAACUCAAGAGCCAAGUAGAUGAAGGGUCCAUUGGGGAGAUAGAAUUGCCGACUAUUUUCCCGACUACGAACAUUCCAGGACCAGUGUUUGAGAAUCCUCUCUUUAUAAACAGUCUUCAGAAACUUGGUGACGGUGGCUCGUAUCGGAUUCCAAGACCAACUUACGUGGAUCCGAGUAUAUUCUCAGAGUUCUUCUAGUGAGCACUGCCAGAAUGUUGGGACUAAUUGAAGCUCACUACGCCAGCUGUCACAUCUCGAUACUCUUGGUAUGGCACGUAGGAUGUUUGCACCACCAGUGAUUGCAUGACGGUGAGGACAGUACGAUGAAUCCUGGACAGGAACGGUUAACCCUGGACAGGAAUGGUGAAUCCUGGACAGGAACGAUGUAUCCUGGACAAGAACGGUGUAUCCUUGAGGUGAAAGAUAUAGCCUGGAUGUGAAUGGUGUAUCCUUGACAUGAAUGUUGUAUCCUCGACAGCAAUGGUGUAUUCUUGAUGCGAAUUGCAUAUCCUGGACAUAAAUGGUACAGGUGUAUCCUGCAUCCUUCUAGUGCAGACGUUAUAUAGGGUUUGUGUCCUACACAUCAACCUAGAGCUGUAAAAGUUGAUUUCUCAUUGUGUGUGAAAGACAAUUCAUGUACGAAAUGCAAUUUGUCGAAGCAGUUUUCAGAUGUGAGCUGUUUGUUGAAACAACCUAUUGUUAGUGAAUACGACCUUCUGGACAAUAUGAAAGCUUGUCAGAGUCAUUAUGUUUGAACAUUUUCAACUGAGUGGUAAAUGUUUGUGUUUUCAAGUUUAGAAAUUGCAUGUCCCAGCUAUAAAGUGGAUGACACCGUUUGUGUUAUCAGUGAAAGUAGUAGACGAGAUAACACUGUUUCACUCUCAGUGAAAUAUGAACACAUGAUGACGUGCGCUGAGGUACUAUCAGAGAUAUGACAAUAUCAUAUCGUCUAGCCUCUGGGUGGGAAUCACUGUGAUCACUGCAGUGUAAUACAGGUGAUGUGUCAGUAAUAUCUGAACAGUCGUCGUGUGAAGGACACUUAUUAUCAGUGACUCACAAAACAACGACUGUGUACAGAACGCUUUGUAGACGGUGAAAUAUAAAAAAACUCCAGUGUCAAGAGUUGUAUACUGUCUGUGAAAUACAACUCAUACAGUAUAGAAAGAACACUUCUUACUGAAGGGGAAAAUACAACAAAAAGGCAUUGCAAAGAGUUGUAUACUGAUUGUGAAAUACAACAAGUACAGUGUAAAUAACACUAUUAAAAGUGAAACCAAAUCUGCAAUGUAUAGGAAAUACAACAAAUGUAGUUUAAUGAACACUAUAUUAAAAGUGAAAUGUAAUAAAUAACUGCAAUAUAAGGAAAACUGUAUACUGGCAGUGACAUACAAAGCAAAAACCAACGCGUGAAAUAGGAACUAGCAACAGUGUAAAAAACGUUUAUCGUUAAAGUACACUGCAGGCACUCUGUCAUCAGUGAAACAUUGGAUACAGUGAAUAUGUCAUGGCACAUUGCUGUGGUAUCAUUAUAGUAUAAUGCUGGAUUAGAAGGUUUUGAGAAACAUGUUUUAACAUAUUACACCAUGAUUGGAUCUGGUCACAUUUAUUACAGUUCACACUACACAGGUAAUCUGCUGGUGAUAACAGUAUGAAUAUUGAUAAUUCGUUGAUGGGAUGGGUGGCUGGGUGGAUCCAGGGUGUGAGUGACACAGAAGGGGACCUUUUAGUUUGGAAGCUGGGAUGUGAUGUUGCCAUUUUUUAUUUUAAAAUCUAUUAUUUUUCUAUAAAAAACAUUCACGGUAGAUAGAAUUUGAUUAAUAAUUAUUGAAAAUGACCUUUGUUUGAGUGUGGCAUAGAGGUUUCUGCAUUGUGAAGAUCAUUUCAGUUGUAGAAGUCCUCAGUUUAUUUCUCGUUUUUAGUUAUUUUGCAUUACAUACAAUUUACCUAACACCUGUAUAAAAUAUACAAAGCAAAUUAGUUUAUUACCAGCAGAUUAUCUUAACAUGAGAUACUCGGUGUGCUGUUCAUUUUAUCAUUUUGAACAGAGGGCAGAAUGAAUGAAUAUUAUUAAAGCAUAAAAGUCGGCAAUAUGGAGAAGAUGAUACAAUGUACAUGUAAUAUAUGAAACAAUUAUAUAAAGUUGGCAGCAAUCGAAAGAAAAGCUAUACAAUACAAACUGCAGGGAAAAUAUUUAUAUUAAUUAUGUUAAUAUUAAUCUUGUUCUCUGAAGUCGGCGUGUAAUGUUCUAUCUUUGCAAGAUUGGUUUGUGUGGACAGGUUUUCUCGAUUAUGUGUGAGAGAUGGAAUGUAAUAUGGAGAGUCAUAAUAGCUUUUAUCCUUCAGUCGUCAAAGUCUUAAGGCCACGUCACACGAUACGAGCGCCUCGUAUGAGAAUAGCCGACAAGACAAACAUGAUUUCGUGGGAUGCUAUGCAAUUGGCUGUUUCUGUAUGGUGCACUUGUAUCGAGUGGCGACGCCUUUAGCCAGAUAUAAUAUGUAGGUAAACAUAAGGCAUUGAAUAUUUCUGUCUCUGUAAAUCUUGUUUUAUAUUUAAUAUUUACUUUUGUUACUUAGAUAUUUUUAUUUUUAUUAUCAGUUGCAGUCAGAUUUUAACUGACAUUAAAAAUAAUACAUAAAAAUACACACAUUAAAUAUAAAACGCGAUAUUUAGAGUCUGGAAUAUUUUGUCUUGAUAAACGUAGACAUGAUGAGUGUUGUAAAUCUUAUCAUGUGGUGUUUCUACGUAUGCUCAUUAGUAUUUCUAAUUCCUAAUUCCACAUAAUUUACUUGAAUGUUUUAUGCAUUCGAAUGCAUUGUUGAACUAACCAUUUUGACUCGUAUACUGAUGGAAAGAAAUAAGGGAAAACAUACAUAGUAACAGCAAAUACUGACUGCAACCAAAACCCUCAUCUGUUGUGUCAGGAUGUUAACUGUGUUACUGGCAGUGAAUCCCACACUUGUUAUAUUCAAGCCCACACUAUAUCUCUAUAUAUUAUACCGACAUUACUACACUAGCAGUGUAUGAACUGUCCUCACAAAUGCGAUAUGUUUCCUUGUUUAUUUCCAUCAGUGUAUUUAGAUUUUUGAAAUCGUCAGAAGUAAUCUGUUAGUAGAUUUGAAAGCAUUUCCUUCAAUUCCACGUAAUUUACUUUGUUUUAAGAUAAAGCAAAUGGCCACUUACUGCAUACGAUUUUUGGUUUUCUACUGCGCAAGUGGAACAUCAAAAUCUCGAGGGAGUAACCUAUUUUAAUUAUUUUAAGGCUAUAAUUAGAGCAUUGACCUGUUUGAAUUAGCUGGUGGGUGGGGUAAAAAAACAAAAAAGAGGCUACAAUUUGAAAGUAUAAUAUAAAAUCUCCAAUAAUUAAUCCAUGUAUACCUUCUAUCAUCUAUGUUGUUAAAGGUUAACACUUAAAGGUAGUGUUUUGUACUUUUGAGAUGAUAUUAAUACUAGUAUGCGAUUAAAAUAUUAGAGUUUGAUGUAGGCUGUCGUUCCUACUGUCGUGUGCUAUAUCUAUGUUACCAUCAAAUCAUGUAACGGUGCUUGUGAUUGGUCAAGAUGGCGAGUUGUACAUAAUAUGUAAAAUAUGCUAAUCAGCAACAAGGGUGGGUUUUUUUUUUUAAGUCAACGUUAAAUGUUUAAAGUGCAAUGUUAUGAAUAAUACACCCACGGAGAGUCGCUCUAUUACUGCAAUACACUGGAGUGAAAAGAUGUAUGCACAGACUAAAGAAAAGUGUUUGGAUGCGAUUUUGUCAAGUGCGAGUAACCACGUGUUCUCUCGAUGUGACGUAUAGUAACGAUUUGUAACAUGCAUUAUAAUUGGUCGAAAGCCAUGAUUGGUCUGAAGUUUUAAUUACAAUUUUGCCAUAGAAAAUAAGACGUAUAGUCCUCAUUUACUGGUUGGUACUGGGUUCGAUUCCCAGUACCGUAUGUAGAUUAUGCAGUUAUUUUCAGUGGCUUAACUGGUAUAUGUAAGAAACUUACACCUACUUCUCGCUCACUAACCACCAACAAACAAAGCAUCAUAACCCCAUUGUGGACGGACACAGUCCAGAUAUUGAGGUGUUUGCAAAGGGCAGCAUAUUUUAACGUUAAGUGGAUAUAAGUACGAAAGUAAAAUGAAAUUAACUUUAAUAUUAUGAAGGUAUUAUGAAUAAUUAGGCCUAUGUCAUCCGAAAUAGUUUGAGUUGGCUAUGAUCGAAGAAAAUUGUAUGCUACACAUCUCAUUACUAUGGAUUUUCAUCGCGAAAAGGUUUUCUGGGUGUUUCUGUUUUUAUAAUUGGUGCACAAUUAUCCUGCAUUAAUUCAUGCAUUUGUCGAGCCUGAUGUGUGUGUCUGCGACUACUUAAUAUAUAAUUAUCGUGUCAUAAUUUUAUUUCUUUUCAGAACUAUGAACCAUGUUGUACAUAUGUGAAUUUGUCAAACCCUCCUGUAUAUAAGAAGUAAUUUCCCUCUAGUCAUCAAUUAUGGGCUUUCUAGGUGAGCAGUCACCACAAAAUGGCUGCCUGCUCAUGUUGCUAAGGAAGUGUAUGACUGUCGUUAGGCGCAUGUGACAAUCACCGGUGCUUUGAUUCUAUUGGCUGACGUGUGCCUUAUGACGUCUUUGUAAAUCUGAUUUCUGUCGUCAUGUUUUAUGAUAUAUACACAGGGUAUAACCUAACAUGUCUUUAGGUACUAUGUGUACUAUGAUGUUGUUGAAUUGCACAAAUUAUAUCAAAUAAAAACAAACAUAAAUAAAUAAAUACAUAGAUAUCUUGUACUAGAUCGCUUUGCUGUGUAUUAAAGUACACUGUUUGAUUAGAAACUCAUUUU